AUGGGCCACUCAGAUCCUAUCAUCGAUACGCUGCAAAAGCAACUCCCAUUCUUGCCUGGGACUACAUUUGAUUUCGAAAAGAGCCAAUUGCCUCAACAUCGAAAAUCUCACAUGUUUGAUUAUUGCAAUGGAGUUCCUGUAUUUUCUGCUGAGAAGCCUGGCAUAGGCAAGUGUGCCAAGACCUUACCUGGUCAAGAUCAAUCUCGAGUUCACACAUCGUUGGAAGUUUACCCUCAAGGGAGUGCAGAUGCUGAAGGUCUACCAGCUUGGGUUGUCUUUGAUAGAAAGGUGUUGAGAUUCUAUGCCUACUUCCAAGAAGCCGUCCACGAAAGACGUGAAGAACAAUACAGAAUUAGAAAAGUCAACAUUUACUUUUACUUGGAAGAUGACUCUAUUCACGUCAGUGAACCAAAGACAGCUAACAGUGGUAUUCCUCAGGGAACUUUGAUUCGAAGACACCGAAUCCCAUUACCUGGUUCAGCAAUUGCACAACACUACACAGUCAAGGAUUUGAAUGUUGACCAAGAAGUCACUUUCUACGCCCGUACAUUCAAGAUUGUUGGGUGUGAUCAAUUCACUAGGGACUUUUUGAAUGGAUUAAACAUGGAUCCUCCAAACGGCUCAACCUUCCCAGCCGACCCAUACACCUUACAAAGAGCCGAACUCAUGUCCAGAAUGAAGGCUACCCGUCCUCGCCCACCCCAAACUUCUCUCCGUCAAUUCCUGGAAAACGAUAGACGAGUCCUCCGCUUCUACUGUGUCUGGGACGACACAACCUCAGCAUUCGGUGAUUUGCGUAAAAUGCAGCUCCACUACUUCUUGUCUGACGACACGAUCGAAAUCCGUGAACAAGUCCCCGCAAAUGCUGGACGCUCAACCAUGCCCGGCGCCUCAUCACUAUUCUUACGAAGAUGUCGAUUACCUAAACGCCCAGCACGUAUCAAUGUCGCGUCACCAGGAGGUGCUCUCAAACCCGACGAAUGCUAUACAGACCGUGACUUGGUUAUCGGCGCCGUCCUCCACUUGUAUGGCCGUCCCUUUGUUAUCUGCGACUGUGAUGAAUUCACACGUGAACACUACCGCCAGACAUUCGGAAUCGACCAUUUCGAUCCCGUACGAAUGGAAUUGUAUUCAAACGCUGAUGAAUUUGAUCUUGAAGAUGAUGAUUCCUGGAAUGCUACAUCUCCGGCUGCUGAAAGGCCGGAAAAUGAUACUGCUGGUGCUUCACUCCCUGGCAUUUCUGCUGGCCCGGCCGCUAGACGUGAUCCUCGUCGCUCCGCACUCUAUGAUGGUAUCGUGUUGCGGUACUCUGCUAAGUUGGAUUCGGCUAGACAGGUUGAUCGGGAACGUAAAUUCGUCAUGUCGCUACGAUUGGCUGACGAGACUGUUACGAUCUUUGAGCCACAUCAGAGGAAUUCUGGAGUUAUUGGUGGUAAAUUUAUGGAACGUGGACAUGUUAAGAAGCCAAAUGGUGAAGGGUACUAUAUAGCUGCUGACUUUUAUCUUGGUGCUGCUUUAACCUGCCACGGUCACCGCUUCAUAAUCACUGGUGCUGACGCUUUCGCAUCAAAGUUCAUGUCGGAGCAUCAAGACGUCUUCCCAAACCACAAGUCUGAAUAG